AUGUACGUUAUUUAUCAAUUUUGUCUUUUCAAUUAUGAUUUCAGAAUAACACAGCUCUAUACACGAUGGAGCAUUUACAACGAACGACACGAAUCAGAAAGACAACAACUUAAAAGUAAAUCGCAAAUCAACUUUAACGAUCAUCACACAAUUAUAUUAGAGGAUGCAACAGCGUCUCGAAUAACAGCGCAUUUUUUGGACAACCCGUUUAUAAUUGAGGUUCGAGCAGUGCGUCUGCCCUUAAACGCUGACGAUGCAAGGUUUUACGAUAGUAGCGAAAGACCCAAAGAAACAAACGAUUCACAUGAUUUCGUUAUAGCUGUUGCAAAGAUUGAUGCGUCCGCGUUAUCUAAAGGAAUGAAUGCAUUAUCAAGGGGAGAGUUUUCACUAUACCCCGCGGAACCGAACUCUAAAACCACCUCAGACCGGGAAGAUAUCUGUACAAAUGACCUGAAUAGAAUCGGGAAAUCUAUGAAGUCCGAUAUCGUAAUUCAACCGUCCAUCAUUUUAGGCGCGCAAAUGACAUUAGAAGUUUCAAUAGGCUACGUUGGCUGCAAGCCAGAGGAAUUAAUACCGAGUUUUUCAAGAUUAUACUGUUUUGUCGACGAUUCGAAUACAGUCAUGGCUAUUGUGCGAAAAGUAACUGAGAUUAAUGACGAAGUAUUGGCGGAUUCGGAGAGAGAUAAUUUAUUGACUGGGUUUGUGCUGGACAUAGGGGAUAGGGCUGUAAUAUACAUAGAAGGUCGACGGCAUGGGCCCAUCCUGCAGAUCUGGAACGCGGCGGAACAUUUCUUUUUGAAUAUGAAAACGUCGUUUUCGUCGUCAUCUAACUACGCAACGCGUUUAUAUCCGGAAAUGGUGACAGCGCCGAUGCCUUUCACUGUAUUAAAAAUGCAUGUACCGUUGGCGAUAUUAUUGGCGUGUCCUCAAGUGUACGUGCGUCCAACUUUACCAUUGCCUGCUCGAUCGGCAGUGCUGAAAUUUGGACGUUUACUAGCCAACGAAUUAAGGACUACUCCCAGUCGUAACGAAAUGCCUUGUUACAAAAUGUUACAAAGUUUUAGACUGGAAUUAUGUUCGCCUCCGCGACCUGGGUAUACCCUAAGAGAUAUAAAUUUUGUACCCAACGUCUCCCAGACGCGAAAUGAAAUGGUGAGAAAGAUCAGCAAAAGCACGCACAAAAUAAAUGAUUGA